UGUGCCAAGCCAGUGACCCUCUUUAUAAUUCAUGGGCUUAGCUCUCUCCAUAUAUUGACUAAAACUCUCUCCCUUUCUCCCUCUUCUCACAUUUCUACAACAGAAUUUCAGAAGCAGAAACCACAACAAAACCUCUCCAUUUUUUGGCAAAGAAAAAUCUAAAACUUUGAAUUUGUCGUCGUGGUGUUAGAAAUCAUCAAGUAAUGGGAGAAGAGAACAGCACGAGCAGGACAUGCAAGCCGUCGAAGACCUUCAAGGCGAAGUGUAGUCACAUGGUGAAGAAACAACGGGCCAAGUUUUACAUCCUUGGCCGUUGUCUAGCCAUGUUAGUCUGCGGGCGUGACCGUGACCGCGACCGAGACCGAAUUGUAAUUUAGAUAUUUUAAUUUACCUUAUAUAUGUGUUUUUUUUCUCUCUUCUCUCUUCUUGUACUUUUUCUAAAUUUUUUUGGUUGCGUUGCCAUUUUCAUUUUUCCCUCUAGUAUCAAACAUUUGAAUUAGGGUUGAAAUUUAAGUUAUGUAUACACAAGAUUAUAAGCAAUUGAUGUGAAUGCAUUCAUGAAAUGCUUUAUUUGAAAUUUAUGUCUCUCGUGUGAAUGAA